GGUCAAAAAGCUCAACACAAACGAGAGAGGGCUAAGGCUUCAUCUCAGAAAGCCGCCUCUAGUCAGCUUAAAUCGCGCAGGUCUGCUCUAUUGAUGACAGCACAAAAAACGAAGCUGCAAAAACUGUCAUAUGUCAAAUUUGUCGAAAUACCUUUUUGUGCACAAUUAAUGGAACAUGCAGAGAAUAAACAUAGCAAAAAACUAGAAGAAUGUUUUCCUGGAUUUACGGAACUCAAAAAAUAG